AUGCUCGAGCCGAUUGUCCAGGAUGAAGGUGCCAAAGCAGUCGUAGGCUUGCUGAAAUGUAAACAACUAGCCAAAAUAAUCAAGGCCCGCCGGACACCCCCAUGGCCUACCCCCGUAACCAGCGAUUUACCACCAAAAGAAGUCGCAGACGCAUUGGUCGACAUCUAUCUUCGAACAUAUGAAACAAUUUAUCGAGUCCUCCAUAUUCCAAGCUUUAAAAGAGACUAUGAUGCUUUAUGGCUCCCUGGAAAAAUUCAUGAUACAGCAUUCCUUGUUCAGUUAAAACUAAUAUUUGCUAUUGGGGCGACUAUGUAUGACGAUCAUUUCACCCUACGAACCUCAGCCAUCCGUUGGGUGCAUGAAGCACAAACUUGGAGUUCCGAGCCAGAAUUUAAAUCUCGCCUCACAAUACAAUUCCUACAGACCUCAAUCUUACUCCUUUUGGCACGAGAAAGCGUGGGUGUGGACGGCAGCUUGACAUGGAUCUCCGUCGGAAACGUCAUGCGGACGGCGAUGCACAUGGGACUUCACCGUGACCCUCUGGUCCAAGCAAAAAGAACUCUUUUUAGUUCGGAGAUGCGACGAAGACUGUGGAACACCAUUGUUGAGCUCGCCCUUCAGACAAGCAUGGAGAGUGGAGGACCGCCCCUCUUGUCGAUGGAGGAUUUUGAUACCCAACCACCAGGGAAUUUCGAUGACGACCAGAUCGAAUCAGAAGAUCCAACUCCAAAACCUGAAGGAAUCUUUACUGGGAUGUCAAUAGCCCUUAGUCUGCGACAGAUGUUCCCCCUCCGCCUUGAUAUUGCGAGAUCCUUGAACGCGCUUGGAAUGCAGCGAGGCUACGAGGAAACCCUGCGUCUGGACUCGGAACUGAGGGCAUGUUACAAGACUGUCUGUAUGACACUGCAGAGACACAGGCUCGUUAACAGCAGUGCACAGACUGCCUUUGGGGUCCACGCGCUCGAUUUCAUCAUCAAUCGAUAUAUCAUAGGUCUUCAUUCGCCAUAUUUUUCCGCCUCUCAUAAAGGAGUAGCUUUCGCCUUUUCUAGGAAGGUUGUGGUGGAAACCGCGCUCAAAAUAUGGUCGGCAGUCUAUCCAUCUUCGAUUAUGGCCCCUUCACCGUUCGAGGAUCCGAGUCGCCCCAAAAAUGACUAUUUGACACGUCUUGCUCGCUGCGGCUAUGGUGUCUUCCGCAAAAGUCCAAUGCAGGCCUGCUUCCUUGUUGCGGCAGAGCUCAGGGCACAGUUACAGGAAGAACACAGUCUUGGCCCAGUUCCUUUGAGACGGGAUUUACUGUCUGUACUAGAGGAUGGCAAGAAGUGGAGUUUGAACUCCAUCACGGCCGGCGAGACUAAUAUCAAGGGUUAUUUAUUUCUAUCUUGGGUGGAUACUCUAAUUCAUGGAAUGGUGCGCGGAAUUCCUAAGGAUCAAUUCCCAGAAAUUUUGAUGAAAACGGGGGAAGAUGUUGUGGCCCAAUGCCUAGAAAUCUUCGAACAGAAACUUGACGAGAAUCCAGAUUUGGUGGGAGUAAAUGUGGACAAUUUAGAUGAAUUGGCAUUUGAUAUAUCGCCAGAUUGGAUCGAUAGUUGGGGAUUCCUGGUAAGUGUGAAGAGAAACACAACCGGAAUUAAGUCUUGCGGCUAA